AUGAAUCAAGUGUUGUUAAUGUUGUUACUGGUGUCGGUUUUCGGGUCUCAAGGGAAAUCAGUGUCGGAUAUUUUACAUGGUUCAGGAAAAUUUACCAAAGUAUCUCCUACAAAUGACAUCCAGCCACAAUCCAACAUCUCUAAAAAAAAAUUCUUCUUCGCAGAAUCAUUAACAACUGAGAAAAUCUUAACCACUGUUUCUCAAGAAGAAAAUCAGAAAGAAUCAGAUCAAGAAUCGUCUGACACCAGUGUAUACAACAGAGUCCAGAAUCCAACGGACAAUGAAUCUUCUAUAGAUGAUUCUUCUUCCGAAGAAGAAGAGCCUGAUGGACCAGCUGAUCACGCGAUUCCUUAUUCAGAGCACGAAGAACCGAGAAACGUUCCCACAAAACCGAAAUACACUGCUCCAGGUGAAUGGGCCAAGCCACCAAAGGACAAAAAAGUUCACUUAGAAUUUGUACCAACAAAACUGUACGCUCAAGUGAGAAAAACUCAUACAUUGAGGAAACUGCCCCGCAAGAAAGCUAUAGAGAACGCGGAAUCUGAAGAAGAAAAGGGAAACGCAGCAAGAUUAAGAGCAGUGGUGAAGAAUACGAAAGUGAACACGGUUUAUACGGAAGAAGGCUACGAAGAUUCUGCGUAUGAUCAUGCUGGACAUAUGAGAGACGCUGAUUUUCACGAAGGUUACGCCAGGAAGUUGCACGAUCAUUUGGAUCUUAAGAAAAAAUCUGGAGACGAUGAUUAUGAUGAUGAUCACGAGAAAGAAGAGAACGAGACAAAGGAUAAAAACUAUAAGAAGAUUACAUCCAAAGACUUCAAGGAGUUUGAUGAAGACGAUAGUGAUCCUGCUAAAACGAGUACAACGAGCAAAAUCAAUGAUAAUGUUUUAGUGAAUCCAAAAUUAGUUGCUGAAAAAGGAAUAGAGAAGCUACAGGAGGAUUUGGAAAGAGAAGCUGAAGAAAUGGAGAAAGGGAUUGAGAUAAGUAAACUGGAGAAAGUUCAGACAACCACUGAUAUGGAAACCUCAGCUGAAUCAAAGAAACGUGAUAAUUAUGACAGAAUGAAGGAAAGAAGAAAGAAAACGGAUAAAAAACGAAGAAAAUUGUCAUCGUCUGAAAAUGUUGAGAAUUCUACUGCAGCGUCUAUGGAUGAGAAUAUAAUUUCUACGGAUCGUACAAUGGAUACUACGAGUGUCAUAGAAAAUUUGGAAAAUUGGCCUCAGAAUUCUUCAGGGUUACAUAAAUACAAAGUCGAUGGUAAAUCUUCGCCUAACGUCGAUAUAAUUGAUUUUACACGCACUGAGGAGAAUCCAACGACUGUUAGCUACGGUCAACUCUUCUGGGAUUAUUUUAAAACAAGGCAGGAUCAAUCGACAACUACGGAAUUUCCAUUGAUAUCGGAAUCAACGACUUUGAAUCAGAAUCUCGCACAACCUUCCUAUACUAGAAAUUUGAAUAAUUUUGUACCUUAUUCUGUUUACGAAGAACCUACGACGAUGUUUCCAAUCUUGGAACCUGCGGAAAUAAAAUCUGGCCAUAGUUCUAUGGAUUCGGCAUAUUUAAAAAAUAAUGGGCAGAGUAGUGAAUUGCUACCUGUGGAUAGCGCAAGUAUGGACGAACUGUGGCAAUCGAUUAAUUCCAAUGAACAAUUAAAAAUGGAAUCACCUUCCUUUUUAGAAACUCAUAGUGAUAAGAUACUUAUGAAUGAUCAAGAAAUUUCAUUAUUGAAUUCCCAGAAGAUUUUAAACAGUAACGAAGAAUUUAACCAAAACUUUGACAGUUCUCUUUUCAAUCCAACAUUAAGUUCGGUCAGAAAUCGCAAACCACGUUACAAAAUUACAAUUAGAAACAAACCAAAAGAACCUCAAAAACCCUCGAACCUUAACAUUCAAUCUUCAAAUCAGGAAUCAUCGACAUCGAGUAUCAUAAACAAACAACUGACCGAUAUGACGACUACGAAGAAACCUGUCUCAAUGAAUGAAAAUUACAUGAAAGUUUUGAUGCACGUGAAGAACGAAAAAAACCUGAAGAAUGUUCAACAUCAGCAUCCAAACAGUCUGUAUCGAAAUCCUCAACAUCCAAACAGUUUACAACCUAACAAUCAUUUUCUGUCUAACACUGAAAAUAAUCUACAAGACUUAACUAUACUGAGGCCCCCACUUCCACAAAAAACACCAGAUUAUUAUUAUUACAACGUUGUUCCGCGAAGUAAACCGGAGAUCGACGCCACGCUGUCUGAUUGGAGCUCGAUUCCGGUUUCUCAACAACGUCGGCAGGUGUACACAAAUCCUAGAAUGUAUCGGAUUUAUUUCGAUUUACCACAGAUGCAACGACAUCCUCUAAAUCGCAAGAGAAUCACGAAGCCAGCGUCUGAUUUGAUUCGAGGCGCUCCGCCGCCGCAGAAGGAUUUAAUCUGGCACAAUGAACCGAUGGAUUACGUAAAUCAUGGCGGAAACGGAUCGAAGCAGGGCAGAAACGUUCUGAGACCGUUUCGUCAGGCGUCGAAUCUCGACGGGGUUCGUGGAAUUCGUGCAAAAAGGCGUAAAAAAAGAUUUGUCGGAGUUGAUGACGAAAGCGAUAUCGUGAAAGGCUCGAUGGUAAACAAUGGCACGUCGAAUCGGGGUGAAAUAGAACGAGCAGCGAAAAAUUCAUCGAUCAAGAGAAAUUGUUCGCAGAAAGUGACACGCGGCCUGGAAGUGGGGCUCGUUCUGGAUACGUCGCAGGCGAAACAGUUUGAGGAGAAGAAAUCGAGACAUUGUAGGAAUGAUUGGGGAGAAGAGUCGCGUGUCGUGGAAAGAGAAAGCAUAGAUGUGAAUGGGUAUAAUGGGAGGAAUGGGUAUAUUAAAAGCAAUUUGAGGGCGCCGAGGUAUGACGAUGGAAAGAAAGAGGAGGGAAACGUGAUUUAUUUGGCCAGGAAGGGGAGGGACGUUGGGAAAAAAGAUUUUAAAGCGAGGAAUAAAUUAAAAGAACGUGAAGAAUUAUUGGAUGAAACAUCUAAAGAGUCCGGAAGAAAGAAACGAGAAUUAAAUGUGAUUGAUUUAGUAAGAAAGAGAAAGGAUGUUAAAAAGGAUGACUCUAACAUGACGAAAGAAUUAAAGCAACGUAUAGAAUUAUUAAAUAAAACAUUUCAGGACGAGUUAAAAGUGCAUGCAAAAUUAUUAGACGAGGCACCAACGAUAACUGAGGAUGUCAUAAACCAGGAAAUAAACAGUCGUUUUAACGAAGAAACGAAUGAAAGUAAGGAAUAUGACGAUAAAGAAAUUAACAAAGGGAAAGAUGAUGAAAACGAAGAACAGAUUGACGUUGAUGUCGAAGUUCCAGAGUUCGAUUACGUGGAAGAACUAACCGAGGAAGAUCAUGCUAAUGAAAGUAUUGCUACCACAGAAACUACCAUAAAUAUAGAAAAAUAUCCUUUUUACAAUAAUGAAAAGAUGCCAACUCCAUCUGCUUUAAAAUACGCGGUAGAUCCUAAGAGAUUACCUACGAAGACAUACGGAGCCAUGGAUUUUUACAAUUCGAGGGAUGCUUAUAUGCAAUGUGACGAGGUGGAGCCUAAUUUAAAAGCUAAAUACUUUGACGAAGAUCCAUUCGAUAAUCCCUUGUUUCUAGAGAAACAAGUGGAAGAUCCAGUUCCUCCAGCUGAAAUAAAUGGCAAGCAGUUCGUUUCGAGAAUCAUGAUGUUCCCUAAAGAAGAGGAUGAUUACGUGAUACAGAAAUCUUCUAGGAGACCAGAAAAUUAUCGACAACUUCGAAAACACAUUUCCAAUCCCGUCGUAACUCAGAGAACAAGGCGAAUUCGAUAUAAAAUUUAUCCAAGAACGACGCCAAGAACAAGAAAAAGACCUGAGAGUUACAGAGUUCAAAGUUCACGGACUAAGUAUACGAAAAAUUCUAAAAGGCCACAGAAAAUUGAGAGACGUCCUGUCACAUCUGCCAGUGAAAUAUCUUCGAUAAAGCUUUCAGAUAGCAUACCAUAUCAGAGUCAGGUUUAUGAGGACGUUAUGGGUACCAUAAAGAAUUUAGCGAAUUCUUAUCAGGUUCGUGAGACGACAACGAUGCCAGCUUCAGACGAAAUUACUUUAAUGGAUGAUACGGUGGAUGGCGUUAAAACAAAUUCUAGUACAAAUUCGACGAGUUACAGGAAAAGAGAGAAAGAGAAGAAUAGUGUGUCGAUAGAUAUCAUGGAUCGACCGAGUGAUAUGAGAAUUAAUAUUAAAGGACCGAUGCCUAAAUAUCAGAAUAGGUACAGACAAGGUGUGUACAAGAGAAUUAGAGUUCCACAGAAAAGUCGAUUAAGGGUUCAGCCGGUGCAGAAACCUGUAAUUGGGAUUAGAACCGUGAAACGUCGUCGAAAAGUCCGCAUUUAUAAACGGGAUCUGAAGGAUGACUUGAACUCUAGUCUGGAAAGAAAAUUAUUAGUUGCUUCCAUUGAAUUGGGCUCACAGUCGGCGGAAAAGAAAGAAGACAAAAUAGGAAAUAGGUUCUUGAAUUGGAAGGAAAGUGAUUAUCAACUAAGAAACUUGGAAAAUUCGACGAUUGAGAACGACAAAGAUUCUUCUACUCAAGAAAAUUCAAUGACUUCCACCAAACUUCCAAAAACGAUCGAUACAAAGAGAAAAUCGAAGAUUCCGAAAAGUGUAACGAUUAAUUCUUCGAAUAAUAAAGAAGAUCACGAAGAGGAAGAAUCUCAAAAAGUUGUGUACACGAUUAAGGAUAGGAUAAGGUACUCGAAACCAAAAGGUGAUGUUUGGAAUGUUGGAAAAUUUGUGAAUAAAACUAUGGUGGAAGAAGACAAGAGACGAAGCGAGCCAAGGUAUAAUUAUAUUAGAAGAAAGAACCCUUCAAACCCAACAUUAACCACUACAGAGAGUUCUUCGUUAGACUUGACUAAUAAAAUUAAUUGGACAGAAACUGUGACGACCACGGAUAAAGUCAAUGAACUCGACAGUCAAGAAAUUGCGAAAGAAAACCGCGAAGUGGAAUAUAUGAGCAAUAAUACCAAAGACGAUUACCAGAACAAAUCUGAAAAUUUUAAUAACUUUAAACAUGAUCUAAUUAACCAGUCAAAUGAAGAAGAUGCAAAUAAAACAGGAAGUGGUUAUGCAGUUUACGAAAGUGUGAACGAAGGUGAAGUAAUAACCACACAGAAACCACAAUUGUCGACUUCUACUGAAUUCUUUAACUUGAAAAGCUUCUUGGAUACCGAUUCUCCAAAAUAUGCAGAAUUAUCAAACGAAGACUUUGAGAAAUCAUUUUUACUAAAUACUACUAAUAGUUCUAAUGGGCAUAACAAAACCUCAGACUCUAGAAUUUUCAAUGAAACACAGAAGGGAAACGAACAUGAAAAGGAAAAGGAUGAAGAUAUUUCGAAACCGUUUCAUCAAUCAUAUUUUUCCAAUGAAGAAUCUUCGGAGAAAGCACAGACAGAGACGAAAGUUCAGUCAAGCACAGAAUCUUCUGAAGAAAGCAGCGUCGCAUCGAAAGAAAGCGAAUCAGAGGAAGAUCGAGCGUCUUUCUCAUAUACUUCCAGGCCAUCUUCUCCAGCAGAAAACUAUGAAGAUGAAAAAUAUUCGCAGCUUGGACCACGUAUAAACAAACCAUCCUUCUACCAUCCUCCAUUUUUCAAUUACAAAAGAUUUCAUCCAAAGGGAAACUCCGAAGAAACGCAAGAAAGCAACGAAGAGAAAGAAGAAUAUGUUUUUCCGUGGUAUAAAGACAAAGAAGACCGACGGAAACGGAGACGCAGUCGAUAUCGCGAUAAAAUCAAUUACGAAUACGAAUAUCCAUGGGAAAGAAGAGAACGUUUAGCACGAGAAGAUAGAAAAAGGGAGGCAGAGAAGCGUAAAGGCUUGCUAAGAAAAUUCGAUGAGGAGGAGGAAGAAGCAGAGGAAGCUUCUGCUACGAAAUAUCGAACGAAUACUUAUCCACGUGGAAGAUACCGAUUUUGGGGUCGAAUAGACAGUGAUACUUCAGAAGAUAGAACUUCAGAUAACAUAGAAAGUAGCAGCGAGUAUCAACCAAUAAUGAGGUAUAGCAGCAGAUAUAAUUCGAGAAAUAUUAAGCUACCUCUGGACAAACAAUCGACGAAUAUGAAAUCGAGAAAUAUAGAAGAAAUUAGUAGAUCAAUCAAGAAGACUUUAGAAGACAAUUCAGAUGAAAAGGGAGCGUUGGAAGAAACGAAGAAUGAUUCGUCACAGGAAAAGAAACUCGAAGGAAAAGAAUCUGUGACUUUUUAUAAAUCUAGAGGUAUUUCCAGAGGAAUGAUUGUUCCUGAAGAUGUGACAUCAGCCCCCAGCAGGAAAACGAGAAAUAGAGAAAAAUCGAUAGAUAAUAGUUCUAUGGAUACCUUGCUUGAAAGUAGAAACUCCAGCGAGUUGGUGAAGAAUACUUUAGACAAUUCCGAGCCUCGAAUAACCGUGGUAGAGAGUCCUCGAGAAAUUGAGAAUUCCACGAAGCAGACAAGCAAGAAAAGACGAAGGCCAUCGAAGAACGAUAUUUCUACAAUGGAAACUGUGACAAAAUCUGUCACUGAAGCUAAUCGAGCUCGUCGAAGACAGAAACCUUCUUCUACCACGGUUUCCACGGUCGAAUCUACUUCUUUAGUUGCAACAACAACGUCAGCUUCUAAAAUUGCUCGAAGGAGAAAUCAGAAGAGUAAAGAUUCGAAGAAGAAUUACAUUUCUAACGUCCUGAAUAAAUCUGUCAACGAAGCUAGCAACGAGACAGAUACUUCGAGUAAAACUGGAACAGCGGAGCAGCAUUCCAGAAGCAUAAAGAAGAAUCAAACGAAUGAAUUAGUGAACGAAUCGGCAAAAAACGACAGAAAUCAAGAACUAUCUGUAGGAGGUUCUAUAAAACAGGAGCAUCUAGAAAAGGUGAACGAUGAUCGAGGAAAGAAUCCAGGGAACGAAACUAUCGAGGAAAGAUUGGUUGACGUGAAUCAGAAUAAGGAAACAGAGGAAUCGAAGAGAAUAUUUCUUCCUGUCAAGAGUGAUGAAAGAUUCGAUUUCAAGGACGCUAGGAUAGAGACCUUGAGUGACUUUGAUAAAACUCAUAAUGAUUACGAGAUUGGAAGCAUAUUGAAAACAGAUGCGAAUUUUAUACCUCAGAACAGAGCUCUUCAAUUGACCGAACAAAGUUCCAGGGAAAUUAUUUCUACUGUUUCUUGGAUAUCGGAGAAUUAUGAUUUUUAA